UCAGACACGACCUCUGUGGCGGACACGAGGAACAACCCCAGCAUCGGAGAGGGCAGCGUGGGAGGUAUGACUGGCAGUCUGAGUGCCAGCGGGAGCCACGUGGACCGGAUGGGCGCCACGAGGGACAACCUGAGUGAGAACGCCUCCACCAUGGCGCUGGCUGGGGCCAGCAUCACCGGCUCUCUGUCUGGCAGCGCCAUGGUCAACUACCUAAACAGUGACACCAGGUCCUGGAGUUUUAGGUUGGCUUGGAGGGAAUUCCAAGACCAGAUCAACUACAUCAACAGGUUGGAGGUGCAGGCUGAUGUUCAGAAGGAGAGGUGUAGUCUCAGUGGAGAGUCAGCCACCUUCAGCUUGGGGACCAUCAGUGACAACGCUAGCACCAAAGCAAUGGCUGGAUCUAUUCUCCACUACAGAGAUGGGACCAGUAUGGAGGUGCAGGUGGACAUAGAGCCUGGUGGUAAACUACGGUACCACAGUGGUACCAGCAGGAUGGAUGAUGGGAGACACGCUGGGCGCUGUGGCUGGUCCUGCCCCUCUGGAUGCCCCUCAGAGGGCCAGGAUGGCACCACCAAGUCCAAGCUGAAGAAGGGAGGAGGCUCUAAGACCCAGGAGAGGAGGGAGGAUAUGGACGCUCGGCUCCUUGAGCAGCACAGCACCAACUCCUCAGAGUUUGACUCCUCCCCUCAGCGGCUCUCUCCCUCCGUAGCCGACUCUCACUCCUCCCACUUGUCAGAGUUCAGCGGUGGCUCUGACCUGGAGAGCAUGAAGAUGUCCUGCAGCUGCAGCCAUGGAUCCUCCUCUGACUACCAGACCCGCUUCACCACAGUCAGCCCUCUGCCUGAAGUAGAGGGGGACCGGCUGGAGACGUUGCCCUCACCCCAAGGUGUCCUCUCCCAUCCUCACUCCCCCACCUCCCCCUGCUCCUGUCUGGAGGUGUCAGUCUCCCCUCUGUGUCUGAUAGCAGAGAAGAACAUCAACCAGGUGUGUCCUGCAAAGGCAGAGUGGGACUCUACUAGUGGAGGAGACCUUCCCAUUGGAGAGCUGCUGAAGGAGAACAAUUACAACCUGCAAGCCCCUCCCCCCAGCCUGCUCCAGAACUCCUGUAUUCAGACUGAGAUCUGAUCUGACCUACCACCACCAUUUUUGGUUUCACAGUAUAUUUUUCCAGAAGACAAAGCUUUGAAUGGACAUUUCUGCCCUCAGAAGCGUGGAAAUGAAAUAAAGCAGACAUGUUGAAAGCGCAGUGAAGCCUCAGCUCAGUCAGUAGACUAGUUAAUAACAGGAAGGUGAAUGCUGGUGUUUCCUGUCAUGUGACCCUAUUACAGUGUUCUGACUGGCUGCUGUCCCUCCCUACAACACACCUCACAGCAGGAGUGAAAGAGAACCACUGUGCCACUGACCUCCGGGCAGCCAAGCUGGAGAUCAGGAUGCAACACACAGGAACCUUCAAGCUCUCAAACGCAAAGUUGAACUUGAAUAUGAACCAGGCAAUAGUAUCAUUACCAUUCUUUUUAGUUUUAAAAUGAGUUUAUAAAUAGGCCACUUCUGUUCAGUGAUGAUGUGUAUUUAUUAUAAUUCGAUACUAGCCCGCUGGAAGGAAUUUAAAAGCCUGGUAGUAGUCUAUAUAUCUACGGCUAGCUGAGAGGGACAAACUAUUCUAUAUACGGCCAGCUGAGAGGGACAAACUAUUCUAUAUACGGCCAGCUGAGAGGGACAAAGUACUGGAGCAGAGUACUGUUGCUAGGUAGAAGUAGAGCUGGGUCUCUGGAAGGCCAUGGUUUAAACAUCGCAAAGAUGGACGAAU